UCGCUGACCCUUCUAACCAGUUGAUCCGAACCCACCGACUGCCGCCUGUUAUAAACUUAACCCAAAGAGACGCGCCUUUUAUUUGUUGUGCAUUGUUGUGAUUGUGACUGAAGUUACGUGUGAGUGUUUGUGGUGUAGCCUAGUGAGUGCUGUUAAUUCAGCAGAAAGUUAUUUAUUUGCUACUAUUGUAGUGAAUUUUCCCGCGCAACAACAUAGUCUGGCUGAGAACACGUUCCAUUACGACAUAGAGUGAUGGGAGGCGCCAUGGAUAGCUGUGGUCGGUGUAUGAAGUUCUCCUUAAUAUGCAUAAAUCUAGUCACAUUUAUCGGCGGUCUGCUAGCGCUCGCGCUAGGCGCGUGGGUGUGGGCGGCGCGCUCCUUCUCCUCCACUCUACUCAGCAACAACCUGUUCAUCGCGUCGGUGGCCGUGGUGCUGGUGACCGGCGUCGCCAUCAUGGCGCUGUCCGUGCUGGGCUGCUGCGGCGCCGCGAAGGAGGUCAAGUGUAUGCUGCUCACGUACUACAUCCUGGUGUUCAUAAUCUUCGUGCUGAUGCUGGUGGGCGGCGUGAUGCAGUUCGUGUUCCGGGAGAAGCUGGCGGACUCGCUGGACCGCGAGCUGUACGCCGCCGUGCCGCUGUACGGGCAGAAGCACAAGUAUACGCAGGCGUGGGACGACACACAAACGUUCCUGCAGUGCUGCGGCGUGCGCAGCUACAAGGACUGGAACGAUAAUAUCCCGGACAGCUGCUGCAAGGAGGUGUAUCCAGGAAAGCGGCUGGACUGCAAGUACUCGCCCAACCCGACGACGAUGCACAUGGAGGGCUGCCUGUCCAAGACGGAGGAGCUGCUGCGCGGCAACGCGGCCUACGUGGGCGCCGUCGCCGUCAUCGUCGCUUUUAUCAUGUUGCUGGGGAUGAUCUUGGCUUGCUGCUUAUUCGUGAAGAUAGAGUGAGCUGAUAGAAGGCCACCUGUGACUUGAUUCUAAUCUAAUUAUUGAUUAAUAAGUGUUCUUAUUGACUGCUUCGUAACGAUCUGUUGUGAUAUUUUCAUCGUGAUUUGUGUCUCAUCGCGUACCAAUUAUAAAAUUUUAUAAACUUUUUUUAAUUUAUUCAGAAGUAAACUGGCAUUUACUUACCUACAUAUUAAAUAACGUUGAUGUGAUCAGA